GGGCUGCUGCGAUGAUUGGCUGCUGUGGGGCUGGGAUGUGGUCACGUGAGGUGGAGGCCGCUGCUGGCUUGGGACAAAUAAACAUGGAGGUCAUCUUCCAUGAGAGGCAAGAAGGCUCAUUGUGCGCUCAGCACUGUCUGAAUAACUUACUACAAGGGGAAUAUUUUAGCCCUGUGGAGUUAUCUUCUAUUGCACAGCAGCUAGAUGAGGAAGAGAGAAUAAGAAUGGCAGAGGGAGGAGUGUCUAGUGAAGAGUACAGAACGUUUUUACAGCAGCCUUCUGGAAAUAUGGAUGACAGUGGCUACUUCUCCAUUCAAGUUAUAAGCAAUGCCUUGAAAGUUUGGGGUUUAGAACUAAUCCUCUUCAACAGCCCAGAGUAUCAGAGGCUCGGGAUCGACCCUAUAAAUGAAAGAUCAUUUAUUUGUAAUUAUAAGGAACACUGGUUUACAGUUCGAAAGUUAGGAAAACAGUGGUUUAACUUGAACUCUCUCCUGAUGGGUCCAGAACUAAUAUCAGAUACAUACCUUGCACUUUUCUUGGCUCAGUUACAACAGGAAGGUUAUUCUAUAUUUGUUGUAAAGGGUGACCUGCCAGAUUGUGAGGCUGACCAACUACUGCAAAUGAUUCAGGUACAGCAGAUGCAGCGACCAAAACUGAUUGGGGAAGAGACUGCACAAUCAAGAGAUGAAAGGGGGCAAAAAACUGACCUGGAACAAGCUUUAGACGUUAACCAUCCCUAUGAUGGAACAGGCAUGUUAGAUGAAGAUGAGGAGAAUUUCCAAAGAGCCCUUGCUCUAAGUAAACAGGAAAUUGAUAUGGAAGAUGAAGAAGCUGAUCUUCGUAGAGCCAUUCAACUUAGUAUGCAAGGAGGUCAUCGAAGUGAGUUUUCAGACUCUGUAUCGCAGAAUAUACCACAUUCGUCUGGUAUAAGUCAGUCUGAAUCUCUUUCUUCAGAAGAGCUGCGAAGGAGAAGACAGACAUAUUUUGAAAAACAGCAGCAACAGUUGCAGCAAGGCCAGACCCCAGAUUUACAUGAUAAACCAACUACAAGUUCAAAUGCACUAGGAACAGACCCAGAAUGAUUACAGUGCAUUGAAAAGUAAGUCUGAAAUGAUCAUUUGAUAAUAGAAAACAAAAAAAGCAAAAGACAUCUGAAAAAACAUGGAAUGAUAAACAAAUAGAAACAAGAGGCAAGAAGUGAUAUGAAAAAUGUUUACUUUUUUAUAGCUGCAUUCCAGAAGUAAUUAGACAUAAAUAUUUUGUGUAUGUUUGUCUCCUGGCAGGAGGUGAUAUGAGUGAAGAAGACAUGCUUCAAGCAGCCAUGAAUAUGUCCUUGGAAACUGUUAGGAACUGCCUGAAUACAGAAGAAAAGAAAUGACAAAAUAUUUUUUCUUUUGUCAGAACACUCAAUCUCCAUUAUAAUAUUCUUGUGUGGAUGCUGUACAAGCAGGGUUCAUUUCAGAGACAUGGGAUAUUGUCUAACCACAGAUGAAAAGAAGGGGGGCAGAGUUAAAAGGGGAUCUGAAAAUAACAAAAAUAUUGCACCAAUUUAGAUAUUAUGGCCCUGAUGCUGAAAAACACUUCAACACAUGCAUAAUUUUGCUCAGGUGAGUAGUUUCAUUGACUUCAGGAGGAUUACUCAAGUGAGCAAAGUUAAGUGCCUUGUAGGCUCAGAGCCUGUGUGUUGGAUGCCCCAAAUAAGAGGCAAGUAUAAUUUACCUUCUUUUCUUAUUAACUGUCAGCUGCUUGGAGAAUUCAGCACAAAAUUACUAAAUUAGUGCAGUUUUCUUAUCAGUGAACUCAGAUGCCAUUCAAUAAUAAUUUAAAAAUAAAUACAAAAAAGUUAGGCUCUUAAAUCAUUAAUAGAAAAUAUGGACAAAUUUUAAAACCAGUAAGCACAUUUUAAAAUUUAAAAAAAUUUAAUUCAAUCUUUUACCCUCUAGAACCUGAGUUCAUGGUUAUGUGUUUCUCCUGCAAGAAUUGAUGGUAUUUCGCUUCCCAGAACCUAGAACAGAGCUCUCUGCUUUGCUGUUUUGUGCUUGCGAUAGGAUCAUUUCUGCAGGAGAAACACAAAACCAUGAGGUCUUGGCAGUUGAAAAGAAAAAUCUUCAGUAUAUUUGUAAUUAUAAUGCUACCCAAGUUAUCUUAAUGAUUUAAGAUCUUCUACAUUUUUUGUACUUGCAGUACCUUUAGCAUUAUUUGAAAAUCAUCAUUAAAGGAAGGUUCAUGUCAAAGAUUUCUCCAGUUCUCUUACUUUAGGUCAGAUGAUUUGGCUACCUCUUCAUACUCUUUCCACCGAAUGCCAAAGUUGGCUUUACUGGAGAUUGUACUUUUUUCUGUGAGAGAGACAUAACAUGUUGGCAGUUGGGCUAAACAGUUUAUUCUUGUUUCUAAUUCUCCUGUUUUGUCUUAUGUUUUUUCUCUUUGAGUUCCUCCCCUUACCUAGGCCUCUCACCAUUUCUUCCUUCACACUACUAGUAAGAAUCUCUCUCUCUUCCCUGGUUAGUUAGUUCAUCAAGCUUUGUUGAGAGUGGGGGUGGGAAAGGAGGGAGAAAGAGAUUUAGAUGCCAUAACUUCAGUGCCACAUAUCUAAGGAGCAUUCCUGCAAUCUGAAAUGAUCCCUGUGCAAGUAGCUUUGUUAAGACUGACUGUUUAUGUUUGUAUGUGUGCGCAUGUUUUUUCUCAAAUGUUUUUAUGAAUAUCUUCUAUUUUGUCAGAAUUUUACAGCUUUUUCAGGAAUGGCCUUCAUUCAUGCACCUUACAAUUUGUUUAUCAUGUUGUUUCUGUUACUGAGAAAAAUGGGGAGCAAAGUAUGCAAGCUAGCUUGUUCAAUCAGUUGUAAGACUUACCCUUUGAUACUCAAGAUGAAUGUGUGACAGAGUGACCAAAUUUGGCUUUCAACUUUACUGCAACAGUUUAAACAUGUUCUUUUUUCAUAAAUGGUGCUUUAACUAUAAAUUCUGUUUACAUAUAAAUUAUAUGGAAAUAUGUUAUAGAUGUAUGGUGUUUAAGCUGUUUUUCAUUUAGUAUGUAAGCAGUUGCCACAGACAUUCUAAGAAUAAUUUUUUGAAACUAUACAUUUGAUUUCUUUACCAAAAUAUUUUAAAAUUAUACUAUUGCACCAUAGUAAUGUAUUUAAUUAUAAUUAGUUAGAGUGAAUUAUAAUUAGAUGGAAAUAAACAUUCAGCACAGAAUAGUACUGUAUAUAAAAGGGCCGUUAGGUUUUGGUAAAGAUUUGUAUAGAAUGAUGGCUUCUUGAUGGCUUAGAAUAUUACUGUAAAAGAGAUCCUUAGGCUAAAUUCUGUUUCCUUUACUUGUAUGCUUAAUUUCCACUGAUUUCAGUAGGAAUACUUGCAUGAGUAAGGCAAUGUGGAUAUGACCAGAGGACAAGUAAAGCUUUUUAGAAUUGCUUUUUAGUUCCACCAUUCUCAUCCUUGGUAGGCAAUACUGUUGUGCAUUUCAGUCUACCUAAUUGACUAACAGAUUAACUCUUUUGCCAUGCCUGCUGCACCAAGUUUUUAAAACAAAGUCACUGCUUUAAAAAAAAAC